CACCUCUCCGUCUUUUAUCUGCAAGCUUCUAGCCGCAUCGGCCGCCGCCGCCGCCAGAAUCUAUUCCGCCCGCCUCGUCUCGUCGACGUCGUCUCUGGUCUCGGCGCGUCGCCUGCGGGGAGCAAGGAGUAACCGCCGCCGCAGCGAGCUCAUCCUUCCGAAGGCUAGCAGCAUCCGACAGCCAUGGCGAAGCAUCACCCCGAUCUGAUCAUGUGCCGGAAGCAGCCCGGCAUCGCCAUCGGCCGCCUGUGUGAGAAGUGCGACGGCAAGUGCGUCAUCUGCGACUCAUACGUGCGCCCCUGCACCCUCGUCCGCGUCUGUGACGAGUGCAACUACGGCUCGUUCCAGGGGAGGUGCGUCAUCUGCGGAGGGGUGGGCAUCUCGGACGCCUACUACUGCAAGGAGUGCACGCAGCAGGAGAAGGACCGCGACGGGUGCCCCAAGAUCGUGAACCUGGGGAGCGCCAAGACCGACCUCUUCUACGAGCGCAAGAAGUACGGUUUUAAGAAGCGAUAGACGAACGAGGCUGGUUCGUCAGGCCCUUUGGGGGGCCUCAUUUUGUGCUGUUGUGGCAUGCUGGCAUUUGAUCGAUACCAAGAGUAGGUUUGCCGAACGAACAGCGCUGUAUUCAUGGUAUGGUUUGGUACUGAUAGGAGAAUACAACCCUCUGAUCUUUGAUCUGUAAUAACUGUUUGUGAUGUAUGGUCUGAAGUGAGUCUAGCUGGACUCUCAACUGCUUA